AUGGAUGUCUAUAACCUGAAUUUAUCUUCAUCACCCUUCACUUCGCUGGAUGAUCCUGAAGAAGAUCACGCGCAGCACCACAGUGCGCUCAUGCCCAGCAUCUUCGGUGCCAUUUGUUUCUUGGGCAUCGCCGCAAACUGUAUCGUCAUCUACACCAUCGUGAAGAAAACCAAGCUGUGCUCCCAGCAGACGGUCCCGGACAUCUUCAUCUUCAGCCUGUCGGUGGCGGACCUGCUCUUCCUGCUCGGCAUGCCCUUCCUCAUCCACCAGCUGGUGGGGAACGGCUCCUGGUGCUUCGGCGGCGCCAUGUGCACCGUGAUCACCGCUCUGGACUCCAACAGCCAGAUCGCCAGCACCUACAUCCUCACCGUCAUGACGCUGGAUCGAUACCUGGCCACGGUGCACCCCAUCCGCUUCAAGCACGUGCGCACCCCCCGCGUGGCCGUGGCCGCCGUGGCCCUGGUGUGGGCGUUCUCCCUGCUCUCCAUCACCCCGGUGUGGAUGUACACGGGUCUCAUGCCUCUCAAGGACGGGUCGGUGGGCUGCGCGCUCCUGCUCCCCGACCCGGCCGCGGACACGUACCGGUUCACCCUUUACCAGUUCUUCCUGGCCUUCGCUCUGCCUCUGGCCAUCAUCUGCGGCCUCUUCUUCAAGAUCCUCCAGAACAUGUCAGCCACGGUGGCUCCGCUGCCCCAGCGCAGCCUGAGGGUGCGCACCAGGAAGGUGACCCGCAUGGCGGUGGCCAUCUGCCUGGCUUUCUUCAUCUGCUGGGCUCCGUACUAUGUCCUGCAGCUGGCCCACCUCGGGGUGCAGCGGCCCAGCUUUGCUUUCCUGUACGUCUACAACAUCGCCAUCAGCAUGGGUUACGCCAACAGCUGCAUCAACCCGUUCAUCUACAUUGUGCUGAGUGACACCUUCAAGAGGCAGCUCAUGGUGGCCAUCCGGCCGUCGCACAAGACGCUCAGGGUGGCCCCGGCUCUGGGGGAAGGAGGCAUGGUCCUGAGGAUGGCACCAGACAGCUUUCACCCAUCUCACUCUCAGUCAUCAAGGGAGCUGCUUCAGAACAUGCUGCCGGUCACGGUUGCACAGUGA